AUGCAGCUUUUCAUUGAGAAGGCCAGACUUCCAAGAGAGCUUUGGCAGCAUCGCCUUGAAAUCUUUUCUGGCUUUCUCAGACAGGGAAACGUCCAUUUGUUGCUUGUGGCUUUUUCGCUGAUAUCCCUCGCUGCUGAAUACCUCCUACGCACUCCCUGGACGUUGUAUUGUGCCGCCUCCAAGGCCCCGAAGAUACCGGUCUCGCAGCUUUCAGUUUCUCCAGCGUAUGCAAUUGGACAGAGCGUCGCUUCUGCGGUGGCAGUUUCUCUCCUACUAAUAUGUGGUCUUCAUGGAGGCGUCUGGCAGAAGCCGGUUUCCGUGGCCUACAUAUUCAUCCUUGGUCUAGUCCAGUUUGCGUUCCGGCCCUUGUCAGGACUUCGGACAAAAUUCAACCAUCAAGUAAAUCAAGUUGCCCUUGGAAUCCUCAUCCUGGAAGCCACCGAACAACUGCUUCCACUUGGAAUUAUUGGAUCCCACGUCGAAAUAUCGUCUAUUGGGAUAGCUAAGCUGAUCUCACUGGCUUAUAUUGUGCUCACAGCCUUAAUCACACCACGCUUUGUUAUGAAGCAGUUAGGGACAGUCGAAGAUGCGUCAACGCUCACAAAACCUGAAUCCUCUCCUGAGGAGACCUGUUCUUGGUUUUCGUACUACCUGUCAUACGGGUGGUUGACGAACUUGAUAUUGCGAGGCGCUUUUCGGGACCUAAGCCUCGAUGAUCUUCCAAGCCUUCCGUCCUAUGAUGCCCCAGCUCGCCUGCUGAAGCGCAUUUCAGUUGUGCGGCUGAAGGGGUCACGGACAUUUUAUUCGCUCUGCAAAACAUUCCGCUGCGAGAUUUCUGCAAUCUUAAGUUGGGCGGUCUUGACUGCCAUGGUUGAAUAUGUUGCAGCCUUUGCCAUGUUCAACUUGUUAGCAUACCUGGAGAACCCCAACUCAACCGCAUUGGUGGUUCAUCCAGGUGUGUGGAUUUCAUUGUUAUUUUUUGGGCCUAUGACACGCUCUGUCUGUUAUCAACAGUCCAUUUUCAAAAGCACCAGACUCAUGGUGCUCUGGAGGGCAACAAUUCUCCAGGAAAUUUACCAGAAAAUGCUUCGUUCUCGAGGCGAAGAGUCCGCCCACAUGUGGGAUGAAGAUCAUAGAUCUGGAGCUCCGAAUAUGUCGCAAGAAGAAGAACCAAUAGACUCUUCGAUGUCAAAUUCUGUGAAGACGGAAAGUCUCGUUUCUUAUGAUGCUGACAUGAUAUCGAAUUCGUCUGACCUCUUCUAUGCGCUCACCGCGAGCCUUGUUUCGACAGCGGUAGCAAUGACUUUUCUCUACCAGCUCCUAGGCUGGCCCUCGCUCGUCGGAAUAGGCGUCAUGGCCGUCCUCACGCCCCUUCCCGCCAUAUUCUCGCAGCGAAUGUCGCGACUCCACGGAUAUGUCAUGGAGGCUACCGACCUCAGGCUGAGUCGUCUGUCCGAGUAUCUACACGCGCUCCCUACAAUAAAGUAUUUCGCAUGGGAGCCCAUGGUCGUUGAUAAUAUCGACACCAUUCGGCGAACCGAACAACAAAGAAUUUGGAAACGUAAUGUGACCUCCAUGCUCGUCUCCAUGACUGGAGACUUGAUGUCCCUCGUGAGCUUACUUGCCAUGUUCGUCUCUCUUGUGCUGUUCACAAACACUCCUUUGCGCGCACCCAUGGCAUUCACAUCUGUAGCCAUUACUGAAACAUUACGAUCGCAGUUUGUCUGGCUUUGCAAAGUAAUCCAAUGGGUUUCUCAGGCUCGCGGCUCGCUCAUUCGGGUUGAUAGCUUCCUUGAGGCGACCGCGGAACGGCAGCGUCAUCCGCACGGUCCGCCAGAGUUGCGGGAUGCCACUGUGCGAUGGUCUGAACACUCCUCCUUUAUGUUGCGUGAUGUCUCAGUCUCGUUCCGCCUCGCAGCUCUCAAUGUGGUAAGUGGAGGGACGGGAAGCGGCAAGUCGCUUCUCCUACUCUCUUUGCUAGGUGAAACGAAUCUUGCCAAUGGGCUUGUCACAUGUCCGGAUGAUGUCGCCUAUGUUCCUCAGACGGCAUGGCUGCAAAACACUUCUGUCCGGCAAAACAUCGUCUUCUAUAGAGACUUUGACCAAGAGCGUUACAAUUCCGUGCUGCAUGCCUGUGACCUCUCGGAUGAUCUGAGCCGAUUGCCUCUAGGCGACUUGACACAGGUUGGAGAGCGAGGAUCUGCCUUGUCAGGCGGCCAGAAGCAACGCAUUUCUCUGGCUAGGGCGUUGUAUUCAUCGGCUUCUACCUUGCUCUUGGAUGACAUAUUUUCUGCCUUGGAUACCCACACUACGUCCCGGGUUUACAAUCGAUGCUUCCGUACCAAACUUCUGGCUGGCCGCACAAUUAUUCUUGUCACUCACUUAGCAGCCGCGAUUGAGGAUGCAGAUUUAUUAGUCUCAGUGGAUGGAGGCACUGUCUCUGUUGCCUCUCAAAAUUGUGACAAACAGUCUUUGGAUAGAGAACUUAGAGGCUCAUUGAAAGGGGGGGCAACAGAAACGGUCUUGAGCUAUACGCCCAGCAAUGAGUCCUCAGAGGACACAGAGACCGAGGUCCCAACUGACAGCACAUCUACUUUGAAUCUUUGGGAUGUUGAUGGACCGGAAGAAAAACAAGCCUCUGGACGAGUGCCUAGAUUACUGAUACUAAAAUAUAUGCUACUAUUUGGCGGUGCGGCCCAUGCCUCGCUGGCUUUAUGCAGUGCUCUUGUCGUGCAGUUGGCCUACCUCUCGAUCACGCUCUGGCUUUCAGUGUGGACAAAUGCCAGAGACGACAAGGCCGACCAGUUUCCAGACCAGAGAUUCUACUUGUACAUAUAUACUGGGACGGUGGCUGGCUUCAUCCUCCUCCAAUUCUCGAACAACUUCAUAUUUCAACGAGGAGGAUGGCAUGCAUCCAGAACCAUGCAUCAGCGUCUUGUGAAUGCCGUCGUCAAAGCGCCCAAUUCAUGGUUCAGCAGUGUCUCGAUUGGACAGAUCCUCAGUCGUUUUGGGCCAGACACUCAAUCUAUUGAUGCAGUAUUGACUGACUGGCUGCGCAUGACGCUGGACAACGGGCUACGCUUCAUGCUCCGGCUAGCCAGUAUCGCGUCCAUUAUGCCCAUAUUUGCUCUGCCUGCCGGGUUCUUUUGCCUCAUAGGGUUCGCAACCGGCGAGAUGUAUUCGAGAGCAGAGAUAUCUGUUAAAAGGAUUGUCUCUAUCAAGUUUGCUCCGAUUUUUUCCCACUUCAACGAGACAACAGCUGGGAUAGCGGUGAUUCGAGCACAGCAAUCCAUGGAUGGGGUUUUUCAACAGUUGCUUGCUGAAAAAAUCGCCCAACAUAUGCGAGCCGCUGAAGCACAGUUCAACUGUAACAGGUGGGUUUCAAUCAGGUCUGAUUUUUGUGCAGCAACAAUUGCUGCGACGGCUGGAUAUAUCGCCUACUCCAAGUCGGGCUCAGCGGGCCUUGUUGGGUUUUCCCUUACCAACGCCAUUGGGCUCAGUCAGACCAUCCUGACCUUGAUCAGAAAUAUGAACGAGCUGGAGGUCGAACUGAAUUCCUUUCAACGUAUCCACGACUAUACAAAGAUUGAACCGGAAGAAACUGCAGAGACCGAAGCUUUACUGGCCAAAAACAAGAUCCCAGCGGCCUGGCCAACUUGCGGCAGGGUAGAGAUUCGCAAUUUGAGGGCUCGAUAUGCAUCAGAUCAGGAAGAUGUCCUCCAAGAUAUCAAUCUUGAUGCAAAGCCCGGCGAGCGGAUCGCAAUUAUUGGACGCACGGGCAGUGGCAAGAGUACUCUGGGGCUCUCCAUGUUACGCUCUACACAUAUCAGUGCUGGUCAAAUCCUCAUUGACGGGGUCGAUAUUACCAAGGUGCCGUUAAGGCGCUUGAGGAAGGCCAUUGGCCUCAUUCCUCAGGAGACUGUACUUUUUUCCGGUAACGCCCAAUCCAACCUGGACCCCUUCUCAGAGGUAGAUCAUUCAGAGCUGCAAUCUGUCCUUCAGACAUGUAGCUUAUCACAUGAUGGGGUCAUCAUGGAAAACAGUGAUGGCGCAGUCCCCAAGACCCAGCUCGCGACCGAUACGCCCAUUGCAAGCGGCGGGACGAAUUUCAGUAGUGGCCAACGUCAGAUCUUCGGCCUCGCGCGCGCCAUGUGCCGCCGUUCCAAGGUCAUCAUCAUGGACGAGGCAACGGCGUCAGUAGACCACGAGACUGAUGCACGAAUGCAGACAUUGGUCCGGUCAGAGUUUGUUGGCUCUACCAUUAUCGCUAUCGCUCAUCGUCUGCGUACGGUCGUGGAUUACGAUCGUGUCAUUGUUAUGGGAGAAGGAAAAGUAGUUGAGAUGGGCACGCCGAGCGAAUUAUUGAAAUCCAAGGGAGCGUUCUGGGAGAUGCUUAAGCAUACUGGUGAGUAUGAUGAGCUUAGAAAGUUGAUAAAAUGA